GCCGCCGGUGCAUGCGGCGCGGGCCCCGGCCCGAUGGCGGCCAGUGCCGCCAUGUCCCUGGGUAAUUACAGCAGCCUGAACCGAGCCCAGCUUACCUUCGAAUACCUGCACACCAACUCAACUACCCAUGAGUUCCUGUUUGGUGCCCUUGCUGAACUUGUAGAUAACGCCAGAGAUGCAGAUGCCACGAGAAUAGACAUUUAUACAGAGCGACGAGAGGACCUGCGAGGUGGAUUCAUGCUAUGUUUUUUGGAUGAUGGAACAGGAAUGGAUUCAAAUGAAGCUGCCAGUGUUAUCCAGUUUGGUAAAUCAGCCAAGCGAUCACCUGAGUCCACUCAAAUCGGACAGUAUGGGAACGGCUUGAAAUCGGGUUCCAUGCGGAUUGGGAAGGAUUUUAUCCUGUUCACAAAGAAGGAUAACACCAUGACUUGCCUCCUCUUGUCACGGACGUUCCAUGAGGAAGAAGGCAUCAAUGAGGUUAUCGUUCCCCUACCUACCUGGAACACACGGAGCUGUGAACCCGUGACGGACAACAUGGAGAAAUUUGCUAUUGAGACGGAGCUCAUUUACAAGUAUUCCCCUUUCAAAUCAGAACGGGAAGUGAUGGACCAAUUCAAUAAGAUACGUGGUGAGAAAGGCACCCUGGUGAUCAUCUUUAACCUCAAACUAAUGGAUAAUGGAGAGCCAGAGCUGGAUGUGACUUCUGACCCUCAAGAUAUUCAGAUGGCAGAAACACCCCCAGAGGGAACCAAGCCGGAGCGCCGCUCCUUUCGUGCCUAUGCUGCUGUGCUUUACAUCGAUCCCAGGAUGAGGAUCUUCAUCAACGGACACAAAGUACAAACCAAACGACUCUCAUGCUGCCUCUACAAGCCAAGGAUGUACAAAUACACUUCAAACCGUUUCAAGACCCGUGCAGAGCAAGAGGUGAAAAAAGCAGAGCACAUGGCGAGGAUAGCGGAAGAGAAGGCUCGUGAGGCAGAGAGCAAAGCCCGUGCCCUCGAGCUACGCCUUGGAGGGGAUCUCACUCGGGAGUCCAGGGUGACGCUGCGUCAGGUCCAGAACUUGGCCAUCACCAUGCGACAGGAGGCUGACGUCAAGAAAAGGAUUAAGGAUGCAAAGCAGCGGGCACUGAAGGAACCCAAGGAGCUGAAUUUUAUCUUUGGAGUAAACAUUGAGCAACGUGAGCUGGACGGCAUGUUCAUUUAUAACUGCAGUCGGCUGAUCAAGAUGUAUGAGAAGGUGGGCCCACAGCUGGAGGGUGGCAUGGCAUGUGGAGGAGUGGUAGGUGUGGUGGAUGUGCCCUAUUUGGUUCUGGAGCCAACCCAUAAUAAACAAGACUUUGCUGAUGCCAAGGAAUAUCGACACUUGCUGAAGGCCAUGGGGGAGCAUUUGGCUCAGUAUUGGAAGGAUGUCGCAAUAGCCCAGAGAGGUAUCAUCAAAUUCUGGGAUGAAUUUGGUUAUUUAUCAGCAAACUGGAACCAGCCUCCAUCUAGUGAACUGCGCUACAAACGCCGGAGAGCCAUGGAGAUCCCCACCACGAUUCAGUGUGAUGUCUGUCUGAAGUGGCGGACUCUCCCGUUCCAGCUGAGCUCAGUGGAGAAGAACUACCCUGACAGCUGGGUGUGCUCCAUGAACCCUGAUCCUGAACAAGACAGAUGUGAGGCUGCAGAGCAGAAGCAGAAGGUACCACUGGGAACUCUAAAAAAAGAUUUGAAAACAAAUAAGGAAAAGCAGAAGCAACUGACAGAGAAAAUCCACCAGCAGCAGGAAAAGCUGGAAGCUCUGCAGAAAACCACUUCAAUUCGCUCUCAGUCUGACUUAAAGAAACUGCCUCUGGAAGUGACUACACGGCCUUCAAGGGAGCACACCCGAGCUCAGCGCCCACGAUCUCCUCCUUUGCCUGAUGUCAUAAAGAAUGCUCCCAGCAGACCACCAGGAUCUUCACCUCCUCCCAAGUACUGCAGUCAGCUGAAAAAGAGCUCUUCAGAUCAUCCAAAUACCAGCUCUCCCAAGCUAGCCAGCAUGCUCUUCAAGGAGGAGGCCAGCACUUCCAGGACAUACCAUCACACUGUGACAUCUGGGAAGUCUAACAGCACUUUAAAAACUCUUGCCAAAUCAUGUACAAGCAUGAAGCCUCUCUCUGGCCUGCAGAGCCCCAAAAGCCCACGUGAGACACCCAAUCCAAAAGCUGCCAAGGUGUCAGCAGUAAGGAAAUCUGCCUCUGGCAGAUGUUUACAGGCCUCCAGCACUCGAAAGAGGGCCUUGAACAUCCCAGAGGAUGGGUCUGAGGAGGAGGGGGAACCCAAAAAGGAGAGGACAAAACGAGGAAAAUUUUUGGCAGUGAAAGAAGAGAAUGAUUCCAGUGAGGUGGUAGUGGAGCUCACAGACAGUGCUGGAGAGGAAGAGUUGUUGGAACUGAAGAAAGCACAGAAAGAUAAGGGGCUGCACGUGGAGGUGCGUGUGAACAAGGAAUGGUUCACAGGCCGUGUCACAGCUGUUGAAAAGGUCAGGCACGCAAUCCGGUGGAAGGUGAAGUUUGACUAUGUCCCUACAGACACCACACCAAGGGAUCGCUGGGUAGAGAAAGGCAGUGAGGAUGUAAGGCUUAUGAAGCCUCCCUCUCCUGAGUACCAGGCUCCAGACACACAACAGGAAGAGGAAGUGGUCAUGGCUGAACCUUCUACCUCAGACUGCGUCAGAAUUGAGCCUGACACCACUGGUCCCAGCAGCAGCCAAGAAACAGUUGACUUGCUUGUCCAGAUCCUUCGGAAUUGUUUGCGAUACUUCUUGCCUCCAAAUUUUCCAAUCUCCAAGAAUGAGCUGAGUUCCAUGAGCUCAGAAGGGUUGUUGGCGUUUCCCUUGAAAGAAUAUUUUAAGCAGUAUGAGAUUGGUCUGCAGAACCUGUGCAAUUCAUAUCAGACACGUGCCGAUGCUCGGGCCAAAGCCUGUGAGGAAAACCUCCGGAACUCAGAGAGGAAGCUGAAGGAAACGGAGGAGAAACUGCAGAAGCUUAGGACUAAUAUCAUGGCCCUUUUGCAGAAAGUGCAGGAGGACAUUGAUAUUAAUACAGAUGAUGAACUGGAUGCAUAUAUCGAGGACUUGAUCAUGAAAGGAGACUGAACAGCUCCAGUACAAGUCCUGGAGAAGUGCAGAAGAGAUGGCUGCUACAAUGGGAGAUGUGGAUCUCUGUGCAGGUGGACUGGGGCAGCUGAUGAGGAGAGAGUUUUUUAGACAGCGCUCAUGUUGAUGUACAACUUGUUCCUGUGACUGUACAUGAGAAACAUUUGUGCUGUUUGCAGGAAAAUUUUUAACUUUGUAGUUCUCCGAAUCUCUUCCUUUUGUUUAUAAAUAUUUAUUUUUAAAAGAAAUGGGAACUGUGCCUGAUAUGAUGGGUGUUUUUAGUGAUGUAGAAGUGUGAGUACCCUUUUUGCUACGCUAGAAUAUUCAUAUGCUAAGCCUGGGAGCUCAGAGCACCCUGCUUAGCUUACUGGUUCUUUAGUAAGAACCUAGCAGAAACUUAAAAGUAUCCCUUGAGUUGUGGCAGAGGUGGUCAGGGAUUUUUGUGGAAGAUACUGAACUUGGGCUAGAGAAAGCCAAACCAUGAAUUGGAGUUAGGGACAGGAGAUGUCCGUGUAUGAGUGUGAGGGGAUGGAACCUCGGUGGGUCUCAGAAAUUUGGCACUGGCACCUGCUAUGAGCUUCCUGAACAGGAGGUCUCUGCAAGUAGGUGAAACCGCCACCAUGGUAACAGCUGAGAGGCUGAGGGUUCUUACAGAAGAGGAUCUACCUUCUGAUCUGCUUGCAGUGGGCUGUGAGCAUCAGAGAAAAGAAUGCUGGAGUUCACAUUCUCUGCUUGCAGUCACUUAAUCACUGACUUCAGCUGCUGUUUCUUUGAGACAUAAUUACAGUGUCAGAAGAACUUCUUGACUGCCUGACAAUAAAGUGACCCCUGUUCUAUAGUCACCCCCUCAGGUUUGUGUUGUUUUUAUCAAUUG